CCCUCGGCGACAUUGAGGGUCUCGGGGAAACACAACUCACUGUUUCCCUUGGGGUCAGUCAUUAAGUGUUUAUUGUUAAAUCUCAGGUCAGUUACGUCACUGAAGUAAAUAUAAAAUUUUAGCGUAAAAUGGUAUGAACAAAUCGUUCAAGAGGGGAUAAAUGGUAAGAGGGGUCCCCCAUGUAGACCUUAUUCCCAAGGCUAUCUCUCUCAAGGCAUUUUUAGAUCACUUCCGGUUUCGCACAUCCCAGGAAGGACUAAAAACAGCCAAUCCUGUGGCGCGAAGUUUGCGCGUGGCUUUACACGCAUUUUUAUCGUCGACGAAACUUCCACGCAACGCGCGUGGUAGAAUUAUCCACGGAGGAACUGGGUGCCGUAUCUAAAAACAACUUUAGAGGGGUUAGAGGGAAAAUAAGGCCCGUAUGGGCGAUGAACUCUCUUACUCUUUAUCUACUCUUGGUAAACUACAUUGUCGCGAAAUUUUCGACAAGGUAUGCACGUAGAUUUCAAUUUCUGGUCUAUAUGGAAACCAGAUCUUAAGGCCUUAAAACGGGCUCAAUUUUUGUCUAAAAGGUGAAAUAAAUUUAUUACUUGCACAAUUUCAAAGAAGAGUUCAUUGGGCACUGUAACUCCGGGAGUUUUAAAUUAUUCUUUCAGCACUUUAAUAUACACAAAUGGAUUUCCGAGUGUUAUGUAGGACACAGCUGUACUGCUAUUAUUGCAAAUAAAAUUACAAUUGUCAAGGACACUUGUCAAGACAAACGUGUUCAACUCUAGUUUUAUUUUUUUAUUAUUUUUUUUUUUCAAAAGUAUAGAAUCACUCGUUUAAAACUGAUCAACAACCUUCGUCAAAAUGAUUUAAACGACAGCAGAAUAUUAAAAUGACGCGUUAAUAUUCAUAUAAUUUAACACCACUUAAUGUCCUUGUAAUGUUGAAAACCAUUCAAAUUUACCCGUUAGUUGAUUUUCAGGGGAUGGGAAAGGGAAUAUAAAAACACAUGGAAAUUAAUGCGAGGCGAACAGUAUUGUUGAUCUUCGUAACACGGUCACGGUUAGGAGAGGAAAAUUUCUGUGACUGUAAGGAGUUUCAUUGCAACCGUAUUUGACCAUACAGCGUUAAGUUACGUUGCGUAAAUUCCUCUUUAUCGAGAUGCAAGAGGUUUGUCUCUCGCGUGAAAUAAAAAGCGACCGAGGAAACCUGACUCCAAUUGCUUAAUUGUGUCUAUAUUUGGUCCCUUUGUCAUUCGUCAUGAAAUCGCAACAUCAGCGGUGAAGUUUCUUUUCUACUGUUACCCUGAAGUUUACAGUCUUUACACGUCCUGAACGUGACCUGUUGUUCUUUGACUGACUGGAGUGAGCCAGUCCAGUUAAAUAUCGUUCAAUUUCAUGUUUUGCAAUGCAACUUGCAAUUAACAACAAAACGUUUCGGUGAAACAAAAUGAAGCGUUUUUCGCAAGCAACGAUCAUAUGCAUUAAUAGAUAGUUUUGAUGGGCAAGAAGAGGAAAAAGGAAAGAAACGUAUUAAUAACAUCCUCUCUCGCUUUUUGGUUUCGCUUGGCUCGACGAAGUAAGUUGUCAGAGGAAUUACUUGCAGAUAUAAAACAUAAAAGACGAGAGCAGGAAGUUUAUCUUAGGUUUAUAGAUUCUAGAAAACUGAUAUUGAACUUGUCUAGUUUGACAUCGCCUAGCAUUAUAAACACGUGGCUUAUUUUAAUUUAAGAGGUUAUAUAUAUAUUUGACAAGCAAUCUUUUUCUGAAUUUUUCUGAUUUCCAAAAGCUGUCACUGGGCUUCAGACAGAUCAUCUACCCAAUCUAACUUCUAAAACCCAAUUUCCUCUUUUAGCAGUUGCUAUUUAACACUGGGGAGUUGCUUAGGGUUUGUGCAAUCGGAACAUAUGUCAGAACUAAACCUGUCAAAUAACUAUGACAUUGCAAAUUAAAUUUAAACCCAAUGCAUUUCUUUUCCUCUCUGUAUUUGGAGAAACGAUCGUUGAUAUGUUAUAAAAGACCGCUAUUUCUUUUCGCUCUUUAUCGCUAUCUGCGAUUUUUUCAACUGAAGAGUAUUAAAGUGUUUAAAUGGAGAGAUACCGUAAUCGAAUUGAAAUAAUUAUAAAUAUUAAUAACAAAGCUCUAUGUUUGACAAACAAGAGACAACCACGCUAGCCCGAGUUGAUUGACAGAAAAAAAAAACCGCAUGUUCUUAUCGCUCUGUAUUUUCACGAAUUGAGGCGUAAAAGAUCCAUCGAGGCUAUAUUAAUUUUUUUCCAUUUACAGGGGAUACAACUCAAAUGACAGCUAAAUGAAAUUGGAAAUUCUAAGAAUAUUCCAUCAGUCGCCGGCUACAGAUCUUCUCAUUUUUACGUGUUACUAGUAAACCAAGCUAGCGCUAAGUCAUUGGGUAGCAUUUCAUAUUUUCACUGGGUACACAAGCCAAUUAGGUCAGCUGCACAAUUCAUUUCUGGUUGUGCUGGUGAUUAACCAUUUUUGGCAAUCGAGACAUCUCGCAGUUUUAUUACAACUCCGUCGAUCACUGAAAGACCUUACUCAAUUUUUUUCCGCGACGGUCAGCCAAGAAAAGGAAACUAUAUCUCGUGCAAUUUUCUGGCUUCCAAUUUUGCGGUCUCUUGAAAUCCACCUGUUUCAAUACCGCGCAACUGAAGGUUUUUCCCGGUUUUUCACAGAACUAUGGAGCUUCCUACGCGAAGCGCUGAACUGGUAGUGUUGCAAUCCACUUCACUGCUGCUUAUUGACAUCACAGCUAUCGGAGGAAACGCUUUCAUUUGUCUGGCAACGGCGCGAAAUCCCAGCCUCAGAACGACUACGAAUUUGUGGGUAACAGCUUUAGCUGUGGCAGACUUGGCUCGUUCAUGUAUCGCCGGUCCGCUGACAAUAUCAGCUCUUAUUUCAGGACAUUGGCGUUAUGGGUCAGCCGGUUGUGUUAUCCAGGGAUUUUUCACGUAUGUUUUAUCGCUCGUCUCUCUGCUAACCAUGGCUUUUAUGGCGGUGAAUAGAUUCUGUAGGGUCGUAAAACCGUCGCUUUAUUUGAAGAUUUUUACAAGAAAACGCUCGAUCGCUUUUCUGAUAACGUUGUGGACGCUAAUGGCAAUGAUUGUCGCGUUUCCCGUGUUCGUUGGCUGGGCGGAGUUCGCGUUUCAUAGCGGUUACGCGGCGUGCGUUUUAAAGUUCCACAAACCAAACUUUACGAUGAUAUUUCUAUCUCUUGACACAGGUCUUAUUUUAAUCCCUUGCACAGCCACGAUAAUCGUAUGUUACUUUAAAGUUUCGCGGGCCGUACGUCAGCAUAACAUUCAAUGUGUAUCUACACUUCAAAGAGCUGCGAAUCCUCACGCGCAAUGUCUUACAAACGGAGCGAGCGUGGAGGAAAUUCGAGUCACUAAAACUUUAUUUCUGCUUGUUUCAACCUACGCUAUUUGCUGGAUUCCAGCUUAUGUGAUCGGAUUUCUAAGCCGUGGAAAUCUACUCCACAUUUCACCUGAAGGUACACUUGUUGUGUCGUAUCUGGUGGUUCUAAACUCCGCUUGUAACCCCUUCAUAUAUGGCUACAUGAAUCGUUCGUUUCGUAUAGAGUUUUGGAAGUUGGUCCCCUGCAAAAAGACGGAAAACAUGGUGGUGCCCCACGUGGAAAUGGAGGACACUUCACCAGCAUCUUACGCAAGGACUCAGGCAACGUUUAUUACCAAAUGGCUCUGAAAAUCUUCCAAAAAGUACAAUGACAAAACCGCGAGACAAAACCAGAAAAACAAACGAACGUGACCGUUUGAGCUCAAUGUUUGGAGAGGCUUUGAAGAAGCUGUCGAGAGUAACAUUCGCUAGUCGUAAUAACCAACAUACGUAAAUGAUAUUUGUUCCUCACAAACUAAUAUCUACUUGCCAAUUGCGAGUAGGCGGGCAAGCGGAACAAAAGACUCAUCAACAAACAGACAAUUUCCUGACAUUUUAGCAAAUUUUCACAAAUAGGAUUUAAACAGGAAGUGUUAAUUAACAAGCAAAAUGUAUUUUUCGAGAGGGGUGGUGACUAGUAAAUGCGAGACUGUGAGAAAAGGCGAGACAAGCAUUUUUCUUUGCGAACCCAAGACAUUUUAACUCCUUCAAUUGCGAGACCGAGACUUCAAAGUAUUUUAAAUGCGAGCUCAAGACGUUCAGGUUCUAAGUCGUUCAGACUUCAUUCAAGCUUAUAGCAAAAAAGCAAACAAAUUGGAACUUUAGCCUUGAUGAAAAAAACUCGAGACUGCGAAACCGCUUUGUGAAAAAAUCGAGACUACGAGACCCGUGAAAUUCGACGAAAAUUUUGCGAGACACAUGGUAUUCGGCACCCCUUUCGAGGUUUGUUGUUCCACCAUCACCACUAGUAAUUCUGGUUUCUGUAGCAUUAAAAUACUAAAAGUUUAGUGGUUCUCUCGCUGGAAUUUCAUGCUAGUUUGACAUGGGCUAGCCCAGUAUUUUGCCGGUCAGCUUGUCUGCCUCGGCGGGCAGUUUUUCAUCUUCUUGCAAUUGAUACACCACUGUACUCUCAUUACAAGCAUUCGAAGAAAUGUAUAACAAUCUGUGAGGAGAAAUUGUAAUUCACGCCUGAAAUACUGGAUUACAGAAAGGGAAUUUUUAACCUAAGAAUGUACAUAGUUUUGAACGGAUUGCUCGAACCACUUUCAUGACUCUUACAAUGAAGUUUGUUUUUAAAGGAUUAGGAUUUUAAUUUUAGGAUUUUAAACUUAGGAUUUUAAUUUUAAAGUAUUGUAAAGCGCCAUGGACAAUUAGUGGAAAAUGGCGCUAUAUAAAUAUAUAUUUAUUUAUUUAAACACGCGUGUGUCCGCAUUUCAGAGCCAAGAAAAAAAGAGAAAUUUUAUUAAUAUUCACCUUUGUUGCUUUGUAAGCAGACGGCGAAAUACGGCUAAAUAUUUGUACAUGUUGGCGCUAAGAUCAGUAUCUCAAAUGCGUAUGGCCCGCCAACGAGAAACCGAUGUAAAUUAAGCUAGUCAUUACGGUUUUAGUUGUUCGGAAAGAUAAAUAUUAUUCAUUUGAAUGAGUUUUGUGAAAACAUCUUAUCGACACAGUUAUUUACCCUGCCUAGUGCAAAUAUCGCCUAGGAACGGAUGGAUUUUUGUGGUCAAAGGAAAUAAUAAACAACUGACAGAAAAUGUCACGCUAAGUAGUCUUGGGGUGCACAUUAAGUUGACAACGUAUGAGAAAGACCCGAUUCAAUCUGAUUCGGGAACGACUGUAUAGCCAUAAGAGACGACGCUUAAUAAAGCUAUACUGCUAAAAAAA